AUGAAGUACACGACCGCCUUCCUCACUGUCAUUCUCGCCGCCACCUCUGCGCUCGCGGGGCCAAGCAUCCAGAAGGUCCGCCGUGCGUCUGCCAUCAAGAAGGGCCUGUCGUACAACGACCCGAGCCUGACCAGGAACUUCAACUCCGGCCAGGUCAGCUGGGUGUACAACUGGGACUCGACCCCGGCGGGCACGAUCCCCGCCGGCACCCAGUUCUUCCCGAUGAUGUUCAGCAACCAGCCGGACCACACCACCCAGUGGGCCGCGAACGCGGAGGCCGCCAUCGCCUCCGGCAGCACCCACCUCCUCUUCAUCAACGAGCCCGACCUCGCCUCGCAGGCGAACACCUCCCCCGCGGACGCCGCGCAACAGUGGAUGACGUACAUGCAGCCGUUCGCGGGCCGCGCGACGCUCGUCUCGCCCGCGAUCACGAACGGCGCGCCGCCGAUGGGCACCGGCUGGAUGGACAGCUUCCUGUCCGAGUGCGACAAGCUCGGGUGCCGGGUCGACGCCGUCGCCGCGCACAUCUACGACUCCGCGACGAACACGGCGUACUACAAGCAGUACAUCACCGACCUCGGCACGCGCUACAACCGGCCGACGCUGAUCACCGAGUUCGGCGCGUCGGGCUCGGUCGAGCAGCAGCAGGCGUUCCUCAACGAGAUGAUCCCGUUCUUGAACGGGCUCUCGACCGUCUCCCACUACGCGUGGUUCAUGACCGCCGUCGGCAACCUCGUCAACGCAGACGCGAGCCUCACCCCGCUCGGCACGACGUACGCCUCGGCGCAGUAG